AUGGUAAAGUUUUAUUAUAAAACUGUAAAUAAUUCAAAUCAUAAAUGCACUAUUCGUCUGUUAGAUGACACUGAAAUUUUAGAAUGCGAAUUCCAGUCUGAUCAUAAAGGACUUAACUUACUAAAUUACGUUUGCCAACAGCUUAAUAUUAUAGAAAAAGAUUAUUUUGGACUUCGAUUUGUUGACAUUGCCAAACAAAGGCACUGGCUCGAUCUCAAAAAACCUAUUUUAAAACAAGUAAGAGAAAUGAAUCCUGUAUUAUUCAGCUUUAGAGUUAAAUUUUAUCCUCCAAAUCCAGCUAAUUUAAGCGAAGAGACUACUAGGUAUUUUUUGUUUUUACAAUUAAAACGAGAUCUUUUACAUGGUAGAUUAUACUGCAGUCAAAAUGAAGCAGCUCUUUUAGCAGCAUAUAUUGUUCAAGCGGAACUUGGAGAUUAUGAUCCUGAAAUUUGUAUUGGGAAUUAUGUUUCAAAUAUAAAAUUACUUCUCAAGCAAACACUUCCGAUUGAAAAACAAAUAUUAGAAAUUCACCAAACACAACUCAAGGGUCAAUCUUCUUCUGCUGUAGAAUUAUUAUUUUUAAAAAAAGCAUGUCAGUUAGAAACAUAUGGUGUAGAUCCUCAUGUAGUUAAGGAUCACAAGGGAAAUACAUUAUAUGUUGGAAUUAAUCAUUUGGGUGUUCUUACCUUCCAAGGGAGUAAAAAAACAAGACAGUUUAAUUGGUCGGAAAUUCAAAAAAUCAAUUAUGAGGGAAAAAUGUUUAUAAUACAUUUAGUUUUUUACGAGAAAAAGCACACAGUGGGUUUUAGAUGUUCAACAACAUCCGGUUGCCGUUAUUUGUGGCGUUGUGCCGUUGAAAAAAUGCUUUUUUUCACAUUAAAAAAAGCUGCCGAUGCUCCCGUUAUGACCGGUGGAGGAUUUUUUUCUUGGGGUACAAAAUUUAAAUAUUUUGGCCGAACGGAAAAGGAAAUAUUACAGGAUACAUUAUUCAGAAAGAUAAAAGAACCAGAUGUGAGUCUUAAUGGGAAUUUGAUGAGGAAAUCGUGCAGCGUUCCAGCUACUCCCUGCACUCCUGCCGGUUCCGACUUGAGCGAAAUGAGGUGUAGGAGUUUGCCUAAGGCUGAUCAUUAUAUGUUCUAUUCGAAAUUACACCCAGAUUAUCCUCCGAUUUUUGGUGAUUGUCCGAAAAAUUCCCUGCCCUGCCUUCAAAUAGUUUCGACAAGCCAGGAUCACGAUUUAGGAAAAUCUAGGGUACAAGAUUUUAGAGAUUUGAAUGAGUGUGACGAUUACUAUUUUCGGGAUUCAUUCGAUCGUUCAUCAUGCGAUUCACAAUCACACACGAAUAAAACAACAACAAUAACAUCAUCUCAAAAAUGCAGCAGGAAUCAUUCUCCUCUACAUUCGGGUUCAGGUACAACACACGGGACAGGUAGUAAAAUUUUAAGUCCCAAACGAGAUGUCACACAUAAUCCUUUAUUACAAUUAUCCGACAAUCAUCAGGAUAUACAAAAUUCUAUUAAUACAAAAAACGAUAUAACAAAAUUUAAUUUAUUUCAAGUGUUCAUACCUUCUUUUUUAUUUGUUGUUAUUUCAUUGAUCACUGCCACAAUUAUUAUUAUGGAGUCUGAUUCUGAUCUUGUAAAAAAUGUUAAUAAUCUACCGGAAAUGAUAUCAUUAAGAAAACAUUAUUAUGAACCAAUGAAAAAUUUUUUUGCCAACAGAUUUUUAAAAUUUAUGUUUAAAAAAGAAGUUAAACAUUAA